UUGUCAUUCCUGUUGUGGUAGUACUUUAUUUAGAAGCAGUGAAUUUUCCUCCCCGUCCGCGUCUCUUCGCAAAAGUGUCAAUUUGAGUGUUCGUGAAAAAUUUUCUGACUGAUUCUGACGUAGAGCUAGUCUAAUGGCAGAUAUACGUUGGGAGUGUGUUCCGUUCAAUUUUACAAUAUUUUACGCAUAAGGGAUUCUGUUUAUUGAUUCUGAAAUUACAAAAAAUGGCAAGUGAUACAAUAAUUGUAUUACCUGGAGAAAUAAUUGUGUACAUUUUGGAAGAUAAACGACUCAGCCUUGCUGAUAUCGUUCAUUUCGGUUUAACUUGCAAAAGUCUGUACAAAAUUGUCAAUGGAAGUAAUAAACUUUGGAAAACAAAAUUUUUCAAAAGAUGGCCACUUUUGAAAGAAGUAUAUGAAACAAAUAAGAAACUGGAGCAUCGAAUGAUAAAUUGGAAGGAAGAAAUGAAAGUUAGUGUUACUAGCAGAACAAAAUUGCUUUGUUAUUUAUUUUCUAUGUCUAGUAAACAUCACAGGAAGCAAGACUUACCUAAUUCAGAAUUUAAAGAUUUAGAUCCUUUGUUUUGUCCAAAAGAAGGUGCUCAUCCUUUAGCUUAUUAUUUUCUCUUAGAUGAACUUGAUAGCUUAAUUAAACAUCCUACUACCAAUUUAACGCAUAGAUAUUAUGGCCUCAAAAUUAUUCGAUAUUUGAAACAAACCCAUUUGAAAGAUGAAUGGCAAAAAUUUAUUUCUCUGCCAUCAAAACAACAGACUUUAGAACGUGGUGCAACUUUUGUAGCUCAAUGGAGUCAGCCAGAAAAGAAUGUGUCAUAUCUUGCAAUAUCAUCAAUAUUAGAUAAUAUUGCAGAACAAACUAAAGAAUUUCUGAGAGAACAAUACCCAGGUCAUUCUAUAUUUUCAGUUUCAAAUGAGAGAUUUAACUUUUGGAAAAAUAAUAUUAUUGAUGACAAUCAGUGGAAUGUUACAGAGACAAGACAAAUAACAGAUGCAUUAUGCGAAGUAUUAUUUGUAAAAUUAAAAUUCUAUGGCAAUAGUAAAAUGUAUUAUUGGUUGGAAAAAUCAUUUAUAGAUCAUGUUUUAGAAACUGGAUCUGGAAUUCCUAUAACUUUAGCAAUAGUAUUUGAAAGUGUAGCUCGAAGACUUGGUGUACACUGUGAACCUGUUAAUUUUCCAUCUCAUUUCUUAUUACGAUGGAAGGAAAGAUAUGGACCAGGAUUUAAGGAUACAGAAAAUUUUUAUAUUGAUGUUUUCAAUCAUGGUCAUUUUGUAACUAAGGAAAGUUGUCCCAGAGUUGGUGGUGUUUCAAGAUGUCCAAUAGAAAAAUAUAAUGUUCAUGAAGCAGCAACUGCUAUAGAGGUAGUAACAAGAAUAGCAAACAAUUUAGAAGUUGCUGCUAGACAGCAUACUCAUAUAAAUGAUAGGACUGCGAGAUUACGUUCCGUUCUUGAACUCCGAUAUAUGAUACAACCUGACGCGAACAUAAUUUUACAAUUAGGUCGAAUAUAUAUUUCACAAUAUAUGGAUUUAACUGAAUUAGUAAAAAUAUUAGAGAAUAUGCAGCAGGAUUUAGAGUUGAUAUCAAGAGGACAGGCGAAUAUCAUAUUGCAAACGUUUCAAACACUCCAAAGAUGUCAGAAGAAGUUACAGCCUGAAGAAGAAGUAAAACCAAAGAGGAGAGUUCCAAGCGUAAAAUAUGCGAUAGGAUUGAUUAUGACACAUAGAAUACAUGGAUACUUCUGUGUAAUAACAGGAUGGGAUCCACGUUGCAUGGCGUCAACAGAAUGGAUGAAUGAAAUGAAUGUAGAUGAAUUGGAUCAGGGUGCAAAUCAACCAUUUUAUAAUAUAUUUGUAGAUGAUGGAUCAUGUCAUUACGUGGCACAAGAAAAUUUGGUACUAUCUCCUAAUUCACAAGGGAUAAAUCAUCACGCAAUUGGUAGGUAUUUCUACAAGUUUAGUGGUGCUCAUUAUAUACCAAACGAAGAAAAAGCAAGAGAAUAUCCAGAAGAUGAAAGAUUUUGCAACGAAUUACUUGUUACGUAUAUGCAAAAUAGAAUGGCAUAUAAUACUACUUAACCAUUUAUGUUCUUUAGCUCGAAUACAAGAUGAUAGUAAUACAAAACAAUUUUUUCCUUAGUGUAGUAUAUCCAGCGCAUCAUAUUUAAAAAAGUUAUAUUUUCAUAAAAAGAAAUUUAAAUGAAAAAAUAAUAUUUCAUUUGCCAUGCUGUUCACUAUUGAAUUUCUUUGCUUUAAAUAAUUUUUAAACUAAAUUUCUAAAUACUUAUUGCAAAUAGAGAAAUGCAAAGAACAGUUAGGUUUAUACAUAUAUGUAAAAGUUCAUUUAGUGACGCGUAUGAUUUGUACAAACUAUUAUGUAUUUUCACUAUUAUAUAUAUACUGUUGACAGGUCAAAUAACGUUUAUUAUAAACGUAAUAAUGAUAUAUAAGCAUUCUAAAACAUAGAAUUACUUCUGACUCUUAAUCUCAGAUGUGAUAUAGAUGUGUAUGAAUGUAUUUGUUGUUUUGUAUAAUAAGAGUAAGAAGUGAUUCAUGUUUUAAUAUUAAACGCAAAUGUAAUAAAUGUUAAAAACCUGAACUCUAAACAGUAAUUGUAGUUUUUAUAAAGUACAUAUAUGUCUUUACAUUUGGACACAAUGUAACUCAUUUAAAAUUAAUUUAUGUACUUAUAGUAGAUUUAAGUGCAUAAUAAGUAAAAUAACAAAAAAUAUGUAUUUAGUUAUACUCUUUAUUUUAUUUUACUGUCAUGGGCUGUGCUCGCUUUAUGUAUAUUCACAAGCAAUCACAUAAAAAUAAUACAAAAUUUUUUCUCAUACUUGUAAAACCAUAACCAUCUGCAGAAAUAAACGUAUUGAGUAUUUU